AUGAAGGUUUCCAAGGGCAAAGGUCCUGUGAGGAAGGAGAAGAAAGAAGUCUUAAAGCCUGUAGUAGAGGACAGAAAGGUUGGAAAGCGAAAGGCAGCAAUUGAGGCUGACAAGAGCCGCCGAAAACUUGCUAAGAAUGCAAAAUUGGGCAAGAAGGACCCUAACAAACCAAAGAGGCCUGCUAGUGCUUUCUUUGUUUUUCUAGAAGAGUUCAGAACGAUUUACAAGCAAGAGCAUCCGAAUGUAAAAGCUGUGUCGGCUGUGGGGAAAGCUGGAGGAGAAAAGUGGAAAUCUAUGUCUCAUGCGGAGAAAGCUCCAUAUGAAGCUAAAGCAGCGAAAAGGAAAUCAGAGUACGAAAAGCUUAUGAAAGCUUACAACAACAAAGAGGAGGACACAGAUGAUGAAGAAGAAGAAGUAGCUGAAAGGUCAAAACCCAUUGUGAAGGAUGAUGAAGAAGAGGAGAGUGGAGAGGAAGACGAUGAAGAAGAAGAUGACGAUGAUGAUGAAGACUGA